AUGGGGACCUGGCAGGACAUUUUUGAAGCAAAGAUUGCAGAUAUGGACUUAAGAGAGCCAUGGAUGCUUCAGGAGGAUGAUAGCCUGCAGGUGCAUGACCUCAAGCCUGGCUGGAAGGAGUUUGUGCAGCGCCGUGCGUGUGGGAGAUUUCAGUGCUCCCAGUGCUUUCAUGAGUGGCCCUCGGCCAAAGUGCAUAUGCUGUUCUGCACGUGCUGGUGCCAGGGCCAGGGUAUGGUGUGCAUGCGAGCCUUCCGCCAGACGUGCAGGCGGUGCCCUGACCCCCAGCUGGAGGAGCCCAAAUUCAGCCAGGAGACCAUGGAGAUGCUUCUGCACAACCUGGUGCUAAAGAUCCUCCAGUACUUCUGCCACCUGCCCAUCCAGCCCUCCGACCUCCUGGAAGUUGUGGUGGACAUGCCGGUGGGGGGGGCCCAUGACAGUGCCCGCUGUGAGGGCUGCCAGCUCGGUGUUUGCAACAAGAGGCUGGCCCCGGCGUUGGAUGCCAGGGAGACCUCGACAGAUGCAAAUGAGACCGGGACCCAUAGCACUCUGAAAUGCCAGAGCAUGAAGCCCUGGGCAAUCCCAACCCACCAUCCCUUGUCCUCCAAUAGCAACUUCCCCUGGAAACGCUGCUGUUACAUCAGCACCCCUUUGCUUUUUGGUUUAGCAGUGCUCCUCUUUGUCCUGCUUUAUUUCACCAUGAAGUAG